CAGCCUCCCCGGGCCCUACGGCCGCCCGCCACCAGGAUGGCUGGAAUGGCCUUAGUCAUGAGGCUUUUAGAAUUGUUUCAAGGCAGGAUUAUGCGUCGGAAGCAAUCAAUGGAGCAGCUGGUGGUGUUUAUUUGGGUACUACCAACUCCUGUGUGGCAGUUAUGGAAGGUAAACAAGCAAAGGUGCUGGAGAAUGCCGAAGGUGCCAGAACUACCCCUUCAGUUGUGGCCUUUACAGCAGAUGGUGAGCGACUUGUUGGCAUGCCAGUCAAGCAACAGGCUGUCACCAACCCAAACAAUACAUUCUAUGCUACCAAAUGUCUCAUUGUCCGCGAUCCUGAAGUACAGAAAGAUAUUAAAAAUAUUCCCUUUAAAAUUGUCUGUGCCUCCAAUCGUGAUGCCUGGGUUGAGGCUCAUGGGAAACUGUAUUCUCCAAGUCAGAUCGGAGCAUUUGUGUCGAUGAAGAUGAAAGAGACUGCAGACAAUUACUUGGGGCACACAGCAAAAAAUGCUGUGAUCGCAGUCCCAGCUUAUUUCAAUGACUUGCAGAGGCAGGCCACUAAAGAUGCUGGCCAGAUAUCUGGACUGAAUGUGCUUCGGGUGAUUAGUGAACCCACAGCUGCUGCUCUUGCCUAUGGUCUAGACAAAUCAAAAGACAAAGUCAUUGCUGUAUAUGAUUUAGGUGGUGGAACUUUUGAUAUUUCUAUCCUGGAAUUUCAGAAAGGAGUAUUCGAGGUGAAAUCCACAAAUGGGGACACUUUCUUAGGUGGGGAAGACUUUGACCAGGCCUUGCUACAGCACAUUGUGAAGGGGUUCAAGAGAGAGACGGGGGUUGAUUUGACCAAAGACAACGUGGCAUUUCAGAGGGUGCGGGAAGCUGCUGAAAAGGCUAAAUGUGAACUCUCCUCAUCUGUGCAGACUGACAUCAAUUUGCCCUAUCUUACAAUGGAUUCUUCUGGACCCAAGCAUUUGAAUAUGAAGUUGACCCAUGCUCAAUUUGAAGGGAUUGUCACUGAUCUAAUCAGGAGGACUAUCGCUCCAUGCCAAAAAGCUAUGCAAGAUGCAGAAGUCAGCAAGAGUGAUAUAGGAGAAGUGAUUCUUGUGGAUGGCAUGACUAGGAUGCCCAAGGUUCAACAGACUGUGCAGGACUCUUUUUUGGCAGAGCCCCCAAGUACAGCUGUCAAUCCUGAAGAGGCUGUGGCCAUUGGAGCUGCCAUUCGGGGAGAUGUGUUGGCCGGCGAUAUCACAGAUGUGCUGCUCCUUGAUGUCACUCCCCUGUCUCUGGGUAUUGAAACUCUGCGAGGUGUCUUUACCAAACUUAUUAAUAGGAAUACCACUAUUCUAACCAAGAGCCAGGUAUUCUCAACUGCUGCUGUUGGGCAGACACAAGUGGAAAUUAAAGUGUGUCAGGGUGAGAGAGAGACGGCUGGAGACAACAAACUCCUUGGACAGUUUACUUUGAUUGGAAUUCCACCAGCCCCUCGUGGAGUUCCUCAGAUCGAAGUUACAUUUGACAUUGAUGCCAAUGGGAUCAUACAUGUUUCAGCUAAAGAUAAAGGCACAGGACGUGAACAGCAGAUUGUAAUCCAGUCUUCUGGUGGGUUAAGCAAAGAUGAUGUUGAAAAUAUGGUUAAAAAUGCAGAAAAAUAUGCUAAGGAAGACCAGCAAAAGAAGGAACGAGUUGAAGCAGUUAAUAUGGCUGAAGGAAUCAUUCAUGACACAGAAACCAAGAUGGAAGAAUUCAAGGACCAAUUACCUGCUGAGUGCAACAAGCUGAAAGAAGAGAUUUGCAAAGUAAGGGAGCUCCUAGCUAAAAAAGACAGUGAAACAGGAGAAAACAUUAGACAGGCAGCAUCCUCUCAUCAGCAGGCAUCAUUGAAGCUCUUCAAAAUGGCGUACAAAAAGAUGGCAUCUGAGCGAGAAGGCUCUGGAAGUUCUGGCACUGGGGAACAAAAGGAAGAUCAAAAGGAGGAAAAACAGUAAUAAUAGCAGAAAUUUUGAAGCCAGAAGGACCACAUAUGAAGCUUAGGAGUAAAGAGACUUCCUGAGCAGAAACGAGCAAACUUCAGUCUUUUUACUGUGUUUUUGCAGUAUUCUAUAUAUAAUUUCCUUAAUUUGUAAAUUUAGUUACUAUUAGCUAGUGAU